GUCCUUGGCCCUGGCCCUGGGCCUGGGCUUGAGUACGGUACCAUGCAGUAGCCUUUGACAUGGUUGACUGGCUCUGAUCAGGGGAGUGCGGCGCCUUCCUUAGCUGCGUACCCCUGUGCCAGGGACCUGAGCCUUCCUUAAAAUUUCUUGUCUUCGCAGCAGGGCAGGACAGAGGCGAAAGAAGCAAAGAGGACAACGGGCCAAGGUUCUCAACUUCUGGUGCCGUACCUGAGAAGGGUCUGUGCUGGUGCCGCUGCAUGGGUUUGGGUUGUUAGACCAGGAUCGUGUGUGAUUUGCGGGGAACCUCAACCGUCCGCUUUGCAUGCCAGCGGAUUGACAGGGAAAGGGGACAAUUCACUGAAAAUGGUGGCCGAUAAGAACUCCGUGACAAAGGAGCAGCAUGAGCGCCAUAAGAAGAUUCUUGAUGCUCUCCUAAAGCAGCCUGAGAAUCGGUGCUGCGCCGAUUGUGGAAGCAGGGGUCCAAGAUGGGCCAGCGUCAACCUUGGGGUUUUCCUUUGCAUUCAGUGCUCUGGCAUUCAUCGGAGCCUGGGAGUCCACAUUUCGCAGGUCCGCUCUGCGACGUUGGACACAUGGCUGCCCGAUCAAGUUGCAUUCAUUCAGUCGAUGGGGAACCAGAAAGCGAACGAGUAUUGGGAGGCGGAAUUGCCGAGUAACUUCAAGAGGCCCAGCGAGCAGGACCGGCCGGCUGUAGAGAGCUUCAUUCGUGCCAAGUAUGAACGGAAGGCCUUCGUUGCGCGAGAGCGCCGCCGCUCGAAGGAGGACCGGCCCGCCUCCCGGCACGAAGGAGGCUACAACUCGGAUCACGGGCCCGCCUCCAGACCUCCCCAGCAUGAGGAGCGCAGAGGGGGCGCAGGGCCGUCACAAGCGGCGCCUGCAAGACCAACUAUGGCAGUCAAGGUCCCGCUCCCUCGCGCCGCUGCCUCGCCUGCCGCCGCUGUCCCCGCCCCCCGCGUUGCCACCUCGACCGCGCCCCCCCCAAAAGUGGAGUCCGCCCCCGCGCUUAUGGACCUUCUCAGCCUGGCGGACUCUCCGCCCAAGGCCCCUACUUCGAAUACGACAGCGGCCCCAGUACCCGCUGCUGCGCCUGCGGCGAAUGCGGGGGGGUGGGCCGCGUUCCCGGAGCCAGGACAGGCUGCAGCGCCUGCGGCGGCCCCGAGUGCCGCCGCAACCGCACCUGCCACGUCAGCACCCGCUGGCGUGCCUGCCAGCACAAUGUCCGCGCUGACCGACCUGUUCACUGCCUCGACACCUGGCGGCCCUGCCACGUCAGCACCCGCCGCCGCCACGCCUGAGAAGCCGAAGAAGAACGCUACUGACAUUAUGAGCCUGUUCGAUCAGGGCUCCCCAUUCAUGAACCCCCAACAGGCGCAGCUCCAGCAACAGAUGAUGUAUAUGCAGCAGCAGCAGAUGGGCGGCAUGCCAGGUGUCUACCCUGGCGCGAUGCCAGGUGUCGCUAUGCCAGGUGUCGUGCCCGGAUCCAUGCCAGGUGUCGUUUCAGGAGCAAUGCCAGGUGUCGUCCCAGGGGGCAUGCCCGGCAUGUUCCCUCAGCCGGGGGCGCACGCUUCGCCGGAGCCGUCGUCGAGCCAUAUGCCCGUGGGGGGUCCUUUCGUGCCAGGGAUGAUGCCGGGUUUCGCUCCAUACGCCCAGGGGAUGCCACCGGCAGGCUUUCCAGGGUUCUAUGCUGCCCAUCAACCGGGUUUCGCGGGCCCCUACAGUCCGGCACAGGCGGGCGGCCCUCUAGGAGGCCUUGGCGGGCCCGAGCAAUAUCAGCCCCAAGCACCCGCAGCGGUACCCAGCGGGCCUGCGAAAAAGGACGCCCCGGGGGCACAAUACGAUUUCUCAGAUCUGCAGGCAUUCGCCAAGUAGGAGAGAAAGCAUAAGUAUGUAGGAUGCACAUUGACAUUGGACUGUCAAGGUAUUGAAACUCUGAAGAGAGGCUCUAUACUGCAAUUGGAGAUGUAGGUUGUAGUUGUAAGGCGGCAGCAGCUACAGUAAACUGAGGAUUGAAGGUCAUCCUGAUCAGUCGCAGGACGUAAAAGUGCGGCGUUAUUCUUUCCGUGCUUAAGUAAUGUGACCACGACUUAUUCUGUGGCAAUCAAGCAAAAUGUAUUGAUGGGUCGUUUGGUAGCCCGUCAAAUUGAUGGCCAUGCUAUCAUGGUACUAUUCCGCCUUUUUACCGGAC